AGUACCGGGAUAGGGGACGCCUAUAUGAUCUUGAGUUCUUGACAAGUCCAUUACAGUUACAUAUCCCCUUUCUUUCAAGAAAUUCAAAAAAUCUGCACAGCACAGUUACAGCCAUGGCUAUCAACAUUGUGGACUGCGGAUCAGAGUCUUACGAUCUCUUCGACGUUUAUUUCUACGACGACCGUAUCAAAACCCUAGUGACUCAUGAGCCUGACAAGGUCGUCGACUGGAUCGCCGAAAUCGAGUACAUCCAUCGCCGCCGCCUCGACCGUCUCAUCGUCGGCCUAGACGUAGAGUGGCGGCCGAACACCUCCCGCUACCAGAACAACCCGGCGGCGACUCUCCAGCUCUGCGUCGGCCGCCGCUGCCUCAUCUUCCAACUCCUCUACUGCUGCCACAUCCCGUUCGAGCUCGCUGACUUCCUCGCCGACCCCGACUACACCUUCGUCGGCGUCGGAAUCCACAACGACGUUGCGAAGCUCGUGGAAGAUUACGAUCUGGAGGUGAAUAACGCGGUGGAUUUGUGUUACCUAGCGGCAAAUGAUUCCAACGAUAGGUCUCUGAGAAACGUCGGUUUGAAGGAUCUGGCUAGGAUUUACCUUGGAGCGGAGAUGAGUAAGCCGAGAAGGGUGACAAUGAGCCGGUGGGAUCAAAGCUGGCUCACCGAAGAGCAAAUUCAGUAUGCCUGCGUUGAUGUUUUCGUCUCCUUUGAGAUUGGUAGGCUUUUGGAGGCUUCUGAUUAGAGUAUUGAAUUCAAGUACAUAUAAUAACUAAAAUGAUGCCUAUUAUAUUGUUACCUUCUGUUUUCCUUCUCUUUUUCUUUCGAUCGUGUGUUCAGUUCAACUUGAAAGUUGGAAUACUCUUCACAUCUCGACUAGUGAUGCUUGUUACAAUUGGAUUUGAAAUCAUACCAUAUGAAUGUUAAGAAAUCUGCUUCCUCCAUCAAA